AUGUUUCGAAAGAAAAUAAAACAAGAAGUAAAUGACAAUAAUGACGAUUUUAAUGAACAUACUCAAUCAAGAAAUCGAUUUUCAAUUAAACAACAACGAUUGAGUAGUAAUCAUUUAUCAAUUCAUUCUUCUAAGAGUAUUUUACGAGGAGUUAAUGAGCGACAUCAAAGUGAAACUCAAUGUCAAUGUGCUUGUGCAAAAAAAGUUGAAAAUUUAGAAAAAAAAUUAAAUACAAUAUUAGAAAUAUUAAUUCGAAAUCAAAUAAAUCUUAAUAAUGAUUUAGAAACAUGUCAGACCAUCAUAGCCGACGAAGAUGAAAAAGAACAAGAAGAAGAAUUUAUUGAGGAAGAAAAUGAUGGUGAAAUUAACUUAUCAACAGUUGAAGAAUUUCCGAAUGCUGUUUUAACAGAAACUGGUUUUAAUUUAUUAUUAUUAAAAGCGGCUAGUCCAAGUUCAUUUUUAUCACAAGCAGCUAGAAAAAUUUUUACAUAUGAAGAAUUAAGAAUUGGCUGUUUACCCGAUUAUCGUGGCACAAAUCAAUUUGUACCCUUGAAUGAAAAUAAAUUACGUCUUAUGCUUUAUGCUGCUCGUGUUCGAUAUGGCAUGAGUGAUGAAAAUUUUAAAUAUACAUGGAAAACACAAUUAAGAAGAAAAUUUGCACAAUUUUUAACAGAUAAUCGAGAUAGAUUUUCGAAUGCACAAUUAUUAGAUGAUGGAGGAAAUAUUUGUGACGAUCCAUCAUCUUCAUACAUUGAUUGUACCUACUAG